AUGUGGGCAAAGCUAAAACAAUCUAUGUCAGGAGACGACGACGACGAGGGCGGAGGCGACGCUUUAUUGGACGAUGAAUCCGACAACUUUUUCUCUCUUUCUCAAACUCAGAGAAUUUAUGCAUUCACUGCGUGUUUGCUCGCUGGAUUGGUUUGUAUGUUCCUGUCGAUGAUUGUCUUCGCAAAACCAAUCAAAUUCGCCUUGUUAUUCACCUUUGGCAAUGUUUUGGCAGUUGGAAGCACAACCUUCCUUAUUGGCGCUGGGAAACAAAUGAGAAUGAUGUUUGACUCCGCCCGAGUUUAUGCAACGGCUAUUUAUCUUGGAUGUGUUGUUCUAGCACUCAUCUGUGCCUUUUGGAUACAUAGCAAGAUUUUAACAAUACUCGCGAUCAUUGUUGAGAUCUGUGCCCUUGUUUGGUCAAAGAGAUGGCCGGAUUUGCUUACAACCCCUUGGGCCUUGACCAUGAAGAUGGUCUCUUUCUGA